AGGGUUGGCCCCGCCUCUCCAGAUUCCAUAUAAUAGUUGUUUUCCGACCCGAGACCUCCGGGUGUGGCGGACUUGCUUUUUCUCGGCGAGACGGUGGUUGAAUAGGAGACAUAAACGAGAUGAAAUCCCUUUUGGUCACUGCUGUCACUGUUACCUUUGUUCUGGCUUUGUUCCUCCAUUCAGGAAGUGCUUUAGUGUGUUACAAGUGUGAUGGUUUGAACUGUAACACGAAUGUGACCUGCGUAGGCAACCAGGAUGCUUGCAUAUUAAUACGUUUUGCUGCAAGAAAUGUAUCUGACUGCUGGAGGUAUUCCGAUUGUAAUACAGACUUUAUUGAGAACCGUUUCCCAGACAAAGACUUCAGAUUCAAGUGCUGCACAUGGAAUUUGUGUAAUGAUAGUCCAAUUAUAGUAGGUAGCAAGGUAGUCCUCAGUGUGGCUUUCUUGCUGGCUGUUGUCCAGAUGUUACAUUUUUAGUCUGGAUCUUAAGUGGGGCAUUGUUUUCAGUUUAAAAAGAUACUGAACAUUGGUAUUUCACGAGAAAGCAUUGCUGCUGGAGAAGAUUAAAUUAUUAAGAUACAGUAUUCAUUACAUGCAAUUUGUUUGCUAUGCUGCACUUUUCAUACUUUCCUUUAUGUUACUCAAUUCUAUUUGGAAAUUUACAUCUAAUCUGUAAGAUUAACAUUCAUAUAGCCAAAUAUUUGACUUAUAUAAAGACCUACUUGUGCUGGGGAGCUAUUUUUGAAUCUCAUAAAAUUGCGAACCACAUUUUAACUUGUAAGCAACUGUUGCAAUAAAAGUGCUAUUGUAUACUUA